UCUAACUAAAGAAGUCGUCGCUUGGUCAAGUACGCUUCUAAUAGUUAGCUCCACACCCACAAAUCCACUUUGAAUCAAGAAACAAAGUGAGGAGCCAUGGCUCAGUGGUGGUCCUUUAGGUGGCAGAUAGUGGUGGUUGCCAUCGUGUUAAUGGUAUUUCUCACAAAUCCGGGGCGAUCAGAGCCCCAAACACACUUGUUACUCCAGACUUGCAGCAGAUUCAACGCAACCAACACCAAAAUUUUCUUCAGCAAUCUUAACGAGACAUUUAGAGAUGUCCGUAGAAAAUUAUCCAACAGCACCUACUUUACCACCUCAAAUCUGACAACAAAUUCGGAGCCGGUUUACGUGAUGGCUCAGUGCAGGAAUUAUAUGUCGACAAGUGACUGCCUUGGGUGUUUCGACUACGCAGCUAGUUCUAUACGUGCCUGCACCACUUUCAACGGUGCUCGAUCAGUACUUGAUGGCUGUUUUCUCCGGUACGAGAAUAGUUCUUUUUUCGAUGAAACAACAUUGAUAGGCUAUGAAGGCUUAUGUGGUAAUCGCACUUCGUCACGACAAAGCGCUUUUGAGACGGCUGUGAAUGGAUUAUUGUCCAAUCUUUCUAUCGCGACACCAAAAAUUAAUGGUUUCUAUGCUGCAGCCACAACACCAGUUAAUGGUAGCAACACAACUACGGCUUAUGCUAUAGCGCAGUGUGCCGAGACGAUUACACCCGAUGGUUGCAGAAGUUGCAUGCAGGUGGCCUAUGCCAACAUAAGGAGUUGUGCCACUAAUUUUAUCGAUGGGUGGGCCGUUGAUUCGGGGUGUUUUAUGAGGUACUCAGCAACUGGAUUUUUCAGAAAUGACCAAACAACUGACAUCGUGCCAUUUCUAGUUGAUGAAAAAAGUUCAAGCCAAAAGGGAGCCAUUAUUGGAGGCGUUGUUGGAGGUGUAGGUGGUCUGAUCUUGUUGUUAAUAGCUGUACUUUUGUGGCACCGUCGAUCAACAAGAACUACACCAGGACAUAGCUUAUUUGGGGCAACUGAAUUGCAAGGUCCAAAGUAUUACAACUAUAGUGACCUAAAGAAAGCCACAAGGGAUUUUAGAGAAGAAAAUAAGCUUGGAGAAGGAGGAUUUGGAGAUGUGUACAAGGGUACUGUCAAGGAUGGGAGCAUUUUUGCAGUGAAGAAGCUAGCCAUAGAUUCCACUACCGCAAAGGAUCACUUUGAGAGUGAAGUACGGGUUAUUAGUAAUAUCCAUCACCGGAAUCUUAUCCGCCUUCUUGGAUGCUGUAGCAAAGGGCCGGAACUACUUCUAGUACUCGAGUACAUGGCCAAUGGAAGCCUUGAAAAAUACCUAUAUGGUGAAAAAAGAGGGACCCUUAACUGGAAACAACGGUUUGAUAUCAUUUUCGGCACAGCUAGAGGUCUGGCAUAUCUGCACGAGCAAUAUAAUGAAACCAUCAUCCAUAGAGAUAUCAAACCAAGCAACAUUUUACUCGACAAUGAUUUUCAGCCUAAAAUUGCGGAUUUUGGAUUGGCAAGGUUUAUACCUGAGGAUCAGACCCAUAUUAGCACUAGAUUUGCAGGAACUUUGGGUUACACAGCACCAGAAUACGCAAUCCACGGACAGUUGUCUGAGAAAGUUGACACCUACAGUUUUGGUAUAGUGGUCCUUGAGAUUGUUAGUGGAAGACGAUGCACCUACAUCCCCGAUGAAGCAGCUGGUGAGCAGUACCUCCUUGAGCAUGCUUGGAAUCUUUAUGAAACUCGCAUGCAAUUGAAGUUGGUUGAUGAGACAUUAGACCCAACUAAGUAUAAAGAAGAGGACAUAAAGAAAGUUAUAGAAAUAGCACUAAUGUGCACUCAGUCUCCAGUUUCGGUAAGGCCAACGAUGUCCGAAGUGGUGAAGCUUCUAAGUGACCGAUCACGGGUGCAAAAUCCACCAAGUAGACGAAACGUCAAUCUGAGUAAUAAAAUUAACUCCACGUCCAUGAGUAACGCCGGCACCACUAUCACUGAAUUGUCAGGAAGGUAAAUUGUUACCAUCUAUAUCUCUGUGCUAAGAUACAGGUUGAGUAAGGGAAAUGUGUAUGAUAUUCAAACAUAUGUAAAGUUUGAUCUUGCAAUAAUGUUUCUUAAGAUCUAAAGGUUUAAACUUAAUAAAUAGAUUUAAUGUUUCUUAA